AUGUCGAACUUCGAGCCCAAUGCCAUCAUUCGUGGCUUCCAGCUCACUGUGGUAGGAACUGUUCGCGCUCUACGGAAUCCAGAUCUGUUCAAACAUGAGCACUUUCGUCAAGCUGCUAUAGCAAUUGCUGUUGGUGUUAUUAUCCAACUAAUUAUUCAAAUCCCGAUAAUCGGCCUGAAGUUUGCUCUAUACAUUAUCUCGUGGGUUAUCGACUUGGAAAGUGAAACAUGGGACGACGAUCUUCUCAAAGGCCUGGAGUUCUUAUCCAAGUCUGUUCUCCAAGUGCCAUUUCUUUUGAUGACCUUGAUGGGUCAUCUUACGCCGACUCUUGAUGAGAUUUUCAUGCAAUCAAUCCACUGGGUGGACACAACUUACGCCCAGAAGCAUAAGUCUGAGAAUCCUGACACUUUGCGUGAUAUGUACUAUCCAAACCUGGAACUUUUUCCAACCAAGGGAGGUCCUCGUCAAUCACGUCCCAAAAUAGAGAUCUUUAUGACCUUUGCCAAUCGAUAUGGCAAGAAGAUAGCCCUAGGGUUAGGGGUGUAUUUCCUGUCCAUGCUCCCUAUCGUUGGGCGCUUUGUGAUGCCAGCGGCCAGUUUCUAUACAUUCAAAUCGCAUGUCGGCACAGCUCCAGCUAUUGCCAUCUUUGGUGCUGGCCUAGUCCUGCCCAAGACAUACAUCAUUCAAUUCCUUCACACUUACUUUGCGUCAAGAAGUCUGAUGCGUGAACUUCUCGAACCGUACUUCCGUCGUAUCAAAUUCACCCCUGAGCAGAAGAUUCGUUGGUUCCGUGACCGCGAGGGUGUUUUGUUCGGCUUUUCCUUUGCCUUUACUGUGGUUCUGAAGACUCCUUUCAUUGGCGUUGUUAUGUAUGGUGUUGCUGAAGCAUCUACGGCAUAUCUUGUCACCAAAAUUACUGAUCCGCCACCAUCCCCCGUUGAGAGUGAGGGCUUUGCCGAGAGUCAAGUCACUUGGAAGAACAAGCAUGAUUUCCUUCGCUUGCCCCUUGAUCAUAUUGACAAGCUCAAUGUAUCCAAUGGAAGGGAUGUGAAGAAAGAAUCCGUUCUUGAGGGACAGAAAACCAAUUGA